UUCCAUUAAGCCCCCAAAUUUGACUUUCCCAAAAUGCCCCUACACCCACACAAUAAGUACCGUUUCUCCGCAAACAACAUUUUUCUCACCAAAUAUUCCAACAAUGAAAGCUGGUGGCUAUUUGUUUUCAUUCAAGCGGCUAAACAAGAAGCCCGUCGCCGGAACUGUAAGCUCCGCCGUGAGUUCCGCCGGAGAUCAUCAUGAUGACACUUCUCCGCCGCAGCCGAGGUCUCUGCCGUCGUCGUUGCGGUGGCGGUUCAAAAAUCUGUCUUCUGGUUUGCGGUGGAAGAGUAAGAGGCUUUACAAAUUACGAUAUUGGAUCGUGGAUUGCUUCCUCUUCAAGAUUGUUUCUGUGUUCGAAGCCAUUUUUCUCGUGUCCACUUUGGCUUUUUUCUUCCUCUGCUGCGGCUGCCAUAUCUAAGAUAAAGUCUGGUGCAGUAAAGCUUCAGUUAUAUUCGAAAUAAUGGUAAAUUAACAGCUGGGAAGUGGAAAUUCUGAAGAAAAGUUGAAAUCUUUAUGGAAAGGGGCUUAUUGUUAAUACUUAAUGGGGAGAAGUUUAUCAUUAUAUUUAUUUUUCUUAAACUUUUUUUUCCUUUCUAUUUUGGGUUGAAUUUGGUUGAGGUUAUUGUAAUGAUUGUAGAGAAGGUUAGUGGACUAAUUUGAAUCACUAAUUAACUUAGAGAUUCUUUUGUAAUUUAAUCUUAAUCAUUGUUAUUCUUUUCUUCAA